AUGUCGAGCUCGAUCGCCCCCGCGCUCGCGUCGAUGUUCGCGCGAAAAAUCACGCUCGUCCCCAACGUCGCCGGAGAACGAAAGCGCCGCGCCGGCGUCAUCGAGUGCGCGCACAAGAAAGGGACGGGGUCCACGAAGAAUGGCCGCGAUUCCAAUCCGCAGUACCUCGGGGUGAAGAAGUACGGCGAGGAGAAGGUCACGGUGGGCUCGAUCAUCGUCCGACAGGUUGGGAAUAAAUUCCACGCGGGCGAGGGCGUGGGGACGGGGCGAGACUUCACGCUGUUCGCGCUGCGCGAGGGUGAGGUGCGAUUUAGGGUUGGGGCGAAUAAGAAGAAAUACGUCACGGUGGUGGAUGGCGUCGAUCGCUCGGGACGAGAGGAUGGGGCACCGACGCGGAAGGAUAAGCGUCGGGCGAUGUACACGCCGCGCGCGGUGGUGCGAGAGGCGUUGGAGCGCGGGGAGGAGGUGCCGAAGAGGGCGGCGACGGCGACGCGCGCGGCGGCGACGGCGCGAAAGACGCGCGCGACCGAGGCGGCGACGCGAAAGAAGACGCUCGCGCGGACCGGGUCCGCGGCCGCGCCGAAGGGUUUUUACCGCCAGGUGAGCAAGGUGCGAUAUUGCAACCUCUCGCUGUUAUUGAUGGAUGAGAUCAUGGAGACGAACGGCGUCAUCGUCAAGGCGGAUGCCGAAAAGUUCUACGAGCACAUGCUCGACGGACCUGGCGUGACCCCGACCGAACUCGCAUCGUUGGAAUUCGUGCUCAACGGUGGCGGCGGACCGUACACGUACGUCACCGACGCCGAAGCCAAAGCGUUCCUCGCGGAGAAGAUCGCCCAGACGCGCGGCGAGCUCGAGUCCGACGCCGGCGCGAGGUAA